ACCACCACCUUCUUCAUUCUUUCCAUAUAAAAUUCGUUUCUUUCAUGCUCUCGGUCUCCUGAGUGGCCGUUGCUCAUACCAUGUCGACGGUUAGGAUAGAGCCCCUCCUCCGGGACCUCCACCACUACCGUCGACAAAAACCCAGACACCGCCGUCCGCCGUCGAAUCAUCCAUUAAAGCUCAGCUCUUCUUUCACUGCUUUUCCAAAGAAGCUAGUAGUCUCCAACGGCCGCAGCUUCUGUUACUUCCAGCCUCCCACUCCCAGGAGGGGUCCCACUCUCGGAGUCAGAGCUGCCUCCACCGAUACAGCCACUGUCGAGACCUCCGAAUCCGCCGAUCCCUUCUACAAGAAGACCUUCCCUCUCAAGCGGACGGAAGUGGUGGAGGGAAAGAUCGUUGUGAAAUUAGAUCAUGGGAAGAAUGAAAAGAAGUGGGUGCUGACUGUGGGUUGUGAUCUUCCUGGAAAAUGGGUUCUUCACUGGGGAGUUUCUUUUGUGGACGAUGUUAAUGGCGAAUGGGAACAGCCUCCUAGUGAAAUGAGACCAGCUGGUUCAGUUCCCAUCAAGGACUAUGCAAUAGAGACACCCUUGAAGGAAUCAUUGUCGUCUGUGGGAGGCGAUACAUCUUAUGAAGUGAAGAUUGAUGUUAAACCCAACAGCGCAAUUGCAGCGAUAAAUUUUGUUCUCAAGGAUGAAGAAACUGGUGCUUGGUAUCAGCACAGAAGGAGGGACUUUAGAGUGCCUCUUGUCGCCUACCCACAAGACGAUGACAAUGUAGUUGGAGAAACAAAGGGCUUCGGCAUGUGGCCAGGAGUUUUGGGUAAACUAUCCAACGUGUUCGUCAAAGCAGAAUCAUCAGAUUCCAAAGAUCAAGACAGCAGCGGCAGUGAAUCCAGACACCCUCAACAGAAAACUACGUGUCUAGAAGGAUUCUAUGAAGAACUGCCAAUUGCAAAAGAAAUUUCUGUAAACAAUUCAGUAACUGUUUCUGUUAGGAAGUGCCCUGAGACAGCUAAGAAUCUACUAUACUUGGAAACAGAUUUACCUGAUAAUGCUGUUGUUCACUGGGGAGUUUGCAGAGAUGAUACUAAAAUAUGGGAAAUUCCAGCUGCCCCGCAUCCACCAGAAACAGUAGUAUUCAAGGACAAGGCUUUGCGGACUCGAUUACAGCAAAAAGAGGGUGGAAAUGGAUGCUGGGGACUGUUUACUUUGGAAGAAGGACUCGCAGGAUUUCUUUUUCUUUUGAAACUAAAUGAAAGUACGUGGUUGAGAUGUGUGGGAAAUGACUUCUACAUCCCCCUUUCAAGCUCAAAAAACGCAAAUGUUUUACAAAGAGAGAUUCAAUCUGAAGAUGCUCAGGUAUCUGACGGAAGUACAGAAGCAGUAGAAGAAAAUACUGCAUAUGCCGAUGGAUUAAUCAAUGAAAUGAGGAACUUGGUGAGUGACGUUUUCUCUGAUAGAAGUCAAAGGACAAGAUCCAAAAAAGCACAAGAAGCCAUUCUUCAAGAAAUAGAAAAAUUGGCUGCUGAAGCGUAUAGUAUCUUCAGAACUACUGUUCCGACUUUACCUGAGGAAACCAUUGCAGAAACUGAAGAUGUGAAAGUCGCCCCUGCCAAAAUAUGCUCAGGGACAGGAACAGGUUUCGAAAUAUUGUGCCAAGGUUUUAACUGGGAAUCUAGUAAAUCUGGAAGAUGGUACAUGGAACUCAAAAGUAAAGCUGCAGAGUUAUCUUCACUAGGUUUCACUGUGAUUUGGUUUCCACCUCCCACAGAGUCUGUUUCACCUGAAGGGUACAUGCCCAGGGAUUUAUAUAAUCUGAACUCCAGAUACGGAAAUAUGGACGAACUGAAGGAGACCGUGAAGGUAUUCCAUGACAUCGGUAUGAAAGUUCUUGGAGACGCUGUUCUGAAUCACCGUUGUGCACAUUAUCGGAAUCAAAAUGGUGUUUGGAAUAUAUUUGGUGGUCGUUUAAAUUGGGAUGAUCGUGCAGUUGUUGCAGACGAUCCACAUUUUCAGGGAAGGGGUAACAAAAGUAGUGGAGAUAGUUUUCAUGCAGCCCCAAACAUUGAUCAUUCACAAGAUUUUGUGAGGAAGGAUAUCAGAGAAUGGUUAUGCUGGCUAAGGAACGAUAUUGGGUACGACGGAUGGAGGCUCGAUUUUGUUAGAGGAUUUUGGGGUGGCUAUGUCAGGGACUACAUUGAUGCUAGUGAGCCCUACUUUGCUGUAGGCGAGUUUUGGGAUUCCCUAAGUUAUACAUACGGGCAAAUGGAUCGCAAUCAAGAUGCACACAGGCAGAGAAUUGUUGAUUGGAUCAACGCUACUAAUGGAACUUGUGGUGCAUUUGAUGUCACAACAAAAGGGAUUCUCCAUGCAGCACUGGAAAGGUGCGAGUAUUGGCGAUUAUCAGAUGAGAAGGGUAAGCCUCCAGGGGUUCUUGGAUGGUGGCCAUCUCGUGCUGUCACUUUCAUAGAGAAUCAUGAUACUGGUUCUACUCAGGGUCAUUGGAGGUUUCCAAAUGGAAAAGAAAUGCAGGGAUAUGCUUACAUUUUGACUCAUCCAGGAACACCUACAGUUUUCUAUGACCACAUUUUCUCUCACUACCAAUCUGAAAUUGCUGCUCUGAUCUCUCUCAGAAACCGGAACAAGCUCAACUGUCGGAGUAGAGUUAAAAUCAUCAAGGCAGAAAGAGACGUGUAUGCUGCCAUCAUUGAUGAAAAGGUUGUCAUAAAAAUCGGACCAGGUCAUUACGAACCUGCUAGUGGACCUCAAAAUUGGAAUAAAAGCCUGGAGGGAAGAGACUACAAGGUCUGGGAAGCAUCAUUAGUUUUUUCCACACCGGUAUGUAUAUAACUACAAGUAUAUAAAGUUGAGUACCAGAUGAUUCAAUAAGGAAGCUCUCAUAUUUUACAUCUUAAGCAAAUAAAAGGAUGCCAAGAUAGAGUGAUAUGUAGACCGACCUGAGGAUGGGGCGGAUGGGGCAGUCCGACCUGCUUCAGCAGUACAGAAUCGUGGUCAGUCGGCUGAGUGUGGAAGUGGUGAGCAUGGUAUUAGGUUGGAAAAGCAGUGCUCCAUCUUACACAUGCUGUUGAUGAUUUCCUUUUCCUAGUUGGAUUAGAUUUUGACAGCAGCAAUGUUGUUUAAACCAUCGUAUCUCUGUCUCUUCUUGUUUUGCUUGUCCUUUGCAUGGCAUGGAAGUAACUUGUAAAUAUAUAAAACUGAUCUGAAACAAAGACUGGAAGAUCCCAAACCCAGACUAUGACAAUGUUUUACAAAAAAUUGGGACUCUGUAAGCCUUUGGUGAAAA